AUGGAAAAUUUGAUUGGUUUUAGAAAAUCGAGAAACGAAAGCGAAAAAAAGCGUCGAGAUGCAUUUAAUCGCUUGAUUAACGAGUUGACCCUUUUGGUCGCAAAUGGCGACCGAAAAAUGGAUAAAAGCAAUGUACUCAAAAGUGCAAUUAAUUUUCUAAAAAAUCGACAGCCACAAGCCGAGUCGACUACCGAAGAAGGAAAUUUAACACCAGAUCCAAGUUCACAAAGUUUUGCUGAACAAAACCCUCGAAAUUUAGCCAGAAUAUAUUUGGAUGCACUUGAUGCGGGGACGUUUUGUAUUAGUGGUAGCGGAACCGUUCAUCAAGCAUCACCAACAUUUGCAACAUUGUUUUGUUCAUCAGUUCCACAAUUAAUAAAUCAGAAUUUUAUGGAUUUACUGGAUGAAGAUUCUAAACGUCGUUUUGACAAAGCUAUCUCCACCGAAGUAUUACGUGCUGCCGCAGUACCGUCAUCGACAACAUCUAACCCAGGAUCGUCAAUAGUUGAGAUUACCGUAGUUGAUAAAUAUCGUAAGCGUUCACUGUUGCUAAUUGGACGCAUUAAACGAAUUGCUAAUGUUUAUUUUUCAAUACAACAGUUUGGUCAACUUUUGGACAACGAUAGGAAACAACCAGUUCUUACCGGACAAGAUUCGCCAGCUAACGAUUUACAGCAAAAAACUUCACUCUGUUAUGUUGGCCUCGCUCGUCCGGUAAACUUCAGCUUAAGCGUUGAAAUUUCAUCAGAAUUUUUUCCAAGAAAUCGCAAAUCUACCACUUUUACCAUUAUCUAUAACAGUAAUUUCCAGUGCCUUUAUACAGAUUCCAGCUGUGGAUUGUUGCUUGGUUACAGUCGUUUGGAAAUGAUCGGAAAAAGCGGGUACGACUUCAUUCAUCAUGAAGAUCUGGAAUCGGUUUCAAUAUGUCAUCAGCGUUUGAUGCAAAGAGGAUCUGGUCAGAUAGAGCCUCAUCGGUUCAAAACGAAAGGGAAACAAUGGGUUUGGAUACAGUGUUCAGCCAAAAUCCAAACUUCUCCAGAAGUCCUUAGAAUUCACUGUGUUUAUUCUCUAGUCAAGAAGCCUAUCCUGCUUUGGCAACCGAAAGUCAAAAAUCUGACGCCCGUAGUCGCUUCACAGUCUACUCCAUUUGUUCAAACUUCAAUCCGUGAUGACGUCAUUCUGCCUAUGGAUUCUAAUCCCUCAUGCGAAGUACUACCUUCGAAACUUUCCGAAGCUGAACAGAACUAUGCUUCACCAACAGAUACCACAAGUGACGCAACCGCCAAUGAUCAGUCGUGCUCGCCAUGUACUGCGAUAGUGUUUAAAAGCCCUAUUUAUCGAAGUCAAGAUGACCUUGCUACAUUUACUGCACCUCCAAGUUUUAAACCCUCUUCGAGCACUCCUCUAAUAAGUCCGGCACCACUGGCAAAGAAACCGUAUUUAUCUCCGUCCGUCUACUCCGAAAACAACAUUGGUGAGGAGCUGAGCGACCUGAAGACGGAAAGCAGUAAUGUUAUUAUAUCACCAACGUACCGGCAGCUGUGCGAAGAAUUACAACGAAAAAGUGAUCUGCUAAGGCAACAAGUUUUGCAGAAGGAGAUUGAAUUGCAACAACUGCAGUUUAAACAGUUUUUUGCAUCUUGUCGAAACAUUAAACCUUAA